GAAGUGACGGAAGAUACGUGAAAAUACCGCACCAAGUGAAAAUUGUUGGGUUGAUCUUCGAAAUAGUCCAAACUAUGGAUAAAGUGAAAGAGUUUUUAAAAUCGAAACUGAGUUUUUUCGUGACGACAAUGAAACUUGAAAACGUGGAGAAUUUCUAUGAUGUUGUCCGGCCAUUGUACAACGUAGCCAAAUUCUUCGGUUAUUCUCCGUUUAAGCUACCGCAGGACACAUCUUGGACUAGUGUGGAACAACAAGCGACCCCAUUCGAUGCCCUCAUAUCGAUUUUAUGCUUUGUCUUGUACCUCUUCUUGUUGUACACCCAAUUCGGGAUUGAGAAAUUUUAUUCGCACAACAAUUUUGUAAUCGACGUUGCUGAAGAUAUUCUGCUGGCAUACCUGACCUGCACUUCCAUUAUAUCUACAACCAUUUUAUUGAUAUUACGGAAACAGGUGUGGGCUAUAAUCAAUGACAUUGCAUCGAUCGAUAACAAGAUAACAGCUCUGGGAAUCUGCAUACCAUUCAAGCAACACUACAAGUUCGUCGUUGUGCACAUCACGACAUUUGCGACGUUGCAAAUUGGCGCUAUGAUCUUUACGUGCGCCAUCCAACAAAAGCAUUACAAUCCGAGCAUGCAUUCGAGAUUCAAUUGCCUGCAGGCCUGUUUCAUUUAUUUCUAUGGAAUCGGAGCAUUCUCGAUGACUAUGAGCUACUACUAUUUAUCCUUGCUGGCAGUGUAUACUCGCUUGCGACAUGUUAAUCGAUACCUAGAAAACAUAUUCACUUCGGCACCAGAUAUUGAUUCCAAGGACAUUGAUCGAUGUCUGAUUGUUCGACAAAUUUCGAAAAUAUUUGACGGGCUUUGCGAUAUUGUUGAGACGAUAAAUUUCUGUUUUUCAUUUCAGGUGAUGGCACUACUUGCAGCAUGUUUCGGAUUCCUUGUCUUCUGUGUGUUUACACUGUACAAAGCAAUUAUAACUCAUCCGUCGAAUGAUAACAUUUAUUUGCGAAAUCUUGUACUGAAUUUGUUGUGGAAUUGUCAUUAUUCGAUUAUAGCUUUCACUGUCAUUUACGCGGGAUCCAAUCUGGCGUAUCAGGGCCAUAAAACCGGUGUAUUAGUACACAAAGCUAUAUAUUACAUGAACGAUGAUAAAGCAAUCGACAAGCUUCGAUUAUUUUCGCAGCAAUUACAGCAUAGAACGCCAGUGGCAACUUGCGGUUUAUUUCCGUUUGAUUGGACUUUACUCUAUUCAACAUUUGCCGCAUCAGUGACAUAUUUAAUUAUUUUAAUUCAAUUCGAUACAUCAACAUCCGGAUCGGAUAAAUCUUUCAUAUCGAAUGAAACAGAAACCCAGGCCCAUCAUCAUGGACAUUAACACUGGCGUAAUAAAAUAUGCAUAAAAAUUCCGUUCAUUACAAAAAUUUAUAUUGAAAAUGCUGCUGUUCCACGAUAAAUAUAAAUCUCUUUCUUAUCUUUCAUAUAAAAAAAGUGGAGGAAAUAAAUACAUUUUUCGCUGUCUGUCUAUGCGGCUUUGUUUACUCUUCAACACAUCAUACCACACCGCCAUGAGCCAUCAUGGGUUCUAAUAACGUUUUCAUCUUUAUUACACCAUAAAUAACAUAAACGUUGAAUAUCGCUCCGCAAAACGUCGCUUUGAUUCAGUCCGAACACAUAUUUCUGACAUAAAAAAAGUGGAGGAAGAAAUAUAUAUAUUUUAUGAUACAAUAUUAAAACGGCAUAAUAAAAAAAAGACGAAACUUAUUUAAUAAGUUCUCUAAAUGUUGAACAAGAUAAAAACUUGUAAACAUCAAUUCGAAUCAUUCUUUCUUCCAAGCGAAAACUUGGCU